AGGGUAUAAAUUUGGCACCACUCCGAUGAACUGGUUCAAGCUUUUGUUCUUCCAAAACUGACUUUGUCAACCGUGCGGCUAGCUACAUUUUGAAGAUUUGACUGGGCCUUUUACAGAAGUGUUGUGUUAAACAUUUGAUCAUAUACUGAUACAAUCCACUUUAACCAUCAUCAGUCGACAGCUCCUUUUGCCGUUCACUAGCUGUCCUUAUUUUUCCACACUUUUUCCUCUGAUAACGGUUGUAGCUGACCAAGAUAGGAGGCUCGAGUGCUAAGAUGUCGAACCGAAUGGUGUGCAGAGAAGCAAGUCAUGCCGGCAGCUGGUACACGGCCUCAGGAUCCCAGCUGAACGCACAAUUAGAGGGCUGGCUAUCUCAAGCACAAGGCACAGAUAAGCCUGCGAGAGCCAUCAUUGCACCACAUGCUGGAUAUACCUACUGCGGCGCUUGUGCUGCACACGCUUACAAACAGGUUGACCCCUCUGUCACCCGGAGGGUGUUCAUCCUGGGACCCUCGCACCACGUACCGCUGUCCCGCUGCGCACUCUCGCCUGCUGAAGUCUACAGAACUCCGCUGUACGACCUCAAGAUUGACCAGAAGGUUUAUGCUGACCUCUGGAAAACGGGGAUGUUUGAGCGGAUGAGCCUCCAGACGGACGAGGACGAGCACAGCAUCGAGAUGCACCUGCCUUACACUGCUAAAGCCAUGGAGAGCCAUAAAGAGGAGUUCAGCAUCGUCCCUGUGCUGGUGGGGGCCUUGAGCGAGUCCAAAGAGCAGGAGUAUGGGAAGCUGCUCAGCAAGUACUUGGCUGACCCCAGCAACCUCUUCAUCAUCUCGUCAGACUUCUGCCACUGGGGUCAGCGGUUCCGGUACACAUACUAUGACGAAAGCCAAGGAGAGAUUUACAGAUCCAUUGAACACAUUGACAAAAUGGGAAUGGGAAUCAUAGAGCAGUUGGAUCCUAUGUCUUUUAGCAACUACUUGAAGAAGUACCACAAUACUAUUUGUGGUCGCCAUCCUAUUGGAGUGCUUCUAAAUGCUGUGGCUGAACUGAAGAAGACUGGUAUGGACAUGAACUUCUCUUUCCUGAACUAUGCCCAGUCGAGCCAAUGCAGGAACUGGCAGGACAGCUCUGUGAGCUACGCUGCUGGGACCCUCACCGUUCAUUGAGGUCAAACUUCUCAGGCGCCAUUGGAGCUCCCAGAACCCCCCCCCCCCCCCCCAUCCUCCUUGUUUUCCUCCCUAAUGCCCCUCUCCCAACCUAUUUCCCCAGUCAGGGAUGGAUAGCUUAGCUCCCUUCCCCCCCCCACACACACACCCCUUUCCCCCUUUUUAGUAGAAUGACCUGCAAAGUCUGAUGCAGUUUGGGAUCCUUUUACUUGCAGAGCUGAUGUAUAAUGCAUUACAAACUAACUCCUUCUCUCUCUCUCUCUCUUUUUCUUUUUCUCUCUCUCUUUCUUUUUCUCUCUCUCUCUCAUUCUCUCUCUCUCUCUCAUUCUCUCUCUCUCUCUCUCAUUCUCUCUCUCUCUCUCUCAUUCUCUCUCUCUCUCUCUCUCUUUCUCUUUCUUUCUCUCUCUCUCUCUCUCAUUACCGAGAGCACCGAGUUGAAAUUCCAACUCCAAGUUGCAGUCUGGAAUGGUCUUGGAUGGCGUUUAGUGUUUGUUCCUCGGUUGGGGUUUGCUGAAUGGUAGUAGGAACAGAUUUUGGGGUCUAAAGGGGACUUAAGUUAUCUGUCAAGUCAUUAUUAUCCAGUCAAAUACUGAUAUGAUAUUAGAAGUAAAAAAAAAGAAUCACAAAGACCUAAAAGAUGUGCACUCUUUGUAGAUAUGUGCAUAUGUAACCUUGUGAUAAAAAUAAUAAAAAAUACUUAUGAAACAUAUGGAAGUGAUAACAAAUUUCACCAAGUCAUACUUGAUGAGAAAGAAAAAGCAGAGUUCUACUAGCUAUAUCCUUGUAAGCCCUUGAGAGUAGCAGCAUAAGUAGCUACUGCCAUAUGUUUUCAAUGUAGGCCUGUUGUUUAUUGUUGCUAACAAAGGGCUACACACUACCAAGUUCACUAACCCGCAGCCGUAUGAAAAUAUAUAUACUAUAUAUAGAUAUAUAUAUAAACCAAAAAAUGUUUUUUAUGCUUUCACAGUAGUCUAUUAAAAUGUCUCCCUUUCCUUUGCAUUCAUAUAUUUUUGUUUAUUUAGGGUAAGCGUCUUUUCCUCUUUUAAUUUGUAGUAUUUGUCAUUAUUACCCUAAUUUGUAUGUAUACAAGUAGGCAGUGUGGUAGUGGAUUUGAGAGGUGCCCCGACUUAAGGCCUUUGCACACUGAAAUCCGUAAUUUUGUAUGAAUCCAUUUUUUUCGGUCCAUCAAAUUCAGAACGCUGCAGUCAAAAACUUAAUUCUCUGACCGUAUACAGAUGCAAAAAACGUAAAUGCACAAAAACAAAAAACAUUUUUGUCAGACUAAAAUUUCAGAGUCAGUGUGCAAAUGUGAAUGAGACAACGUGAGAUUGUAUAUAUUUUUCAAUCUGACAAUUUUGCACGAAAAUACAAACUCUGUGCAAAAGGCCUUUAGAGGGUGCCCUGUGUUGGUAGUCUUCUGGGCACAUAGAACAGCUCCAAGAGCCCCUGGUAGCAGUGGGUUUUUACAGCUGAGAGACUGGCGUGCCCCUGAAAAAAAGAAGAUAAGGAGGGGGGCGGGGGGCAGGGGUGUAAUAAACCCUGAAUAAACGUAGGAUCCUGACACACUGUAAUAGUUCCGCUCUACUGUAGGCUAGUUGUCUAACCCCCAUGUAUUGUACUAUUUCCAUAACCUUCCCCCGAUGAGCACAACGCAACAAGAGACACCCUCUUCCUCUCCACAUCAAGUCCUGUGACACCUGUCAAUCAAAGCCUGUGCCCUCCACAACUCCACCAAGGGAAGAAAAAAAAAACAUGUAGAGUUUGAGUGCUUCAAACUGUUCUGUGGAAACAGUGGGGCAGUUCACACCAUGCAGAUGUGCCUUGGGUCACUGUUACAACGUCUUUAUUAUUAUUCUUUUUUUUGUUUGUUGAUGAUGUAAUGCUCUGUGUUCUCCUCCUGGUUCUUCUGCUCCUGCCCCCCACCCCACCCCACCUCCAAAAAAAACCUCAGUCUUUUGCAGCGCUGGACCAGCUGUUUGUUUUUGAACUCCACAACCCUUGUCUUUCUCAGAGGAAGGACUGCAUCCAUGUCUACUGUCCGCUAAAGUCAGCACAACCCCCUCACUCCCAUCUGGAGGAUGUUCCCCUUGUUGUGAUUGUUUUUCAUUGUUUUUGUUUUUCAUUAUGUCUGUGUUUUACUUCAUAGCAAGUAACGUUCUUAAGUUUUUAAUGCGUUGUCACACAUCAAUGUCAAGGAGUCAACUGAUGCUCCAACUGGAGCUUGAUUAUUAUGUUUAUUUUAAUCUCAGGUUACAUUGAUGAAGCAUCACAGGAUGCUUGCCAGAUAUGACAAGGGUCAUGCCCAAUGUUACAAAGAAGAAAAAAAACAGAGUAAAAUAAGUGAAAAGUG